GUUCUUCGAGUUGACCAGCCUGUCCAUAUUAAGGAGGGAUGAAGCGUUGGACAAGGUUGCGCCCACAGAUCUCACAAUCCGAUAUCAAACCGUUAACGGUUGUUGUAGGAGAGUUAUCCAGUACUCUAACCUUGACGGGCAAUUGGACAUACCUGCGCCAUAAAUAUUGGGGGCCGGCAGCACACGGAAACUCGCGUUGGGAAUAGUAAACCCUUCAUUUAAAGAGCUAGAUGUUGUAAGACUAGAGGAGUGAAAAAUGCCAGAGAGCUUCAGGUACCCUGAACAGGGUUUAGACAGAGUCGUGAGACAAAAAUCUGCUUAUGUGUUUUGUGUAAUACCACAUACUCCAGAUUACCCGGUGUCUUCAAAUUUUCCUCCUUUACUUUCUCCAGACCCAGUAGGAUAAUAUAUGAGUGCUUUUCCGUUUUUUUAUUUCAGUACCAUGAGUGAUCAUAUUCUGAGACCCAGUAAACUUCCCGAGCGGUCCGAUGUUAUCAGUCUAGAGAUGUAUCUACUUCGUCAGCUGAUCAACCCCUUCAGAUUGUCAUGGACGUUGAUUAAGUUAGGCUACGAACCUCUUGCUCCAGUUCGGUUCUAUUCUCCGUUAGCAAUGCUUGGCUGGACCACCCCGAUAUAUGUUUACCCGAAUAUUUUCCAAUACGUUUACCACACGUUUCGGACGUUUGGCGUUUGGAAAAUCAUCUCAACCGGAGUGUUUGCCAGUGCUUCCAUAGAUUUCAUCUCCGAAAUCUUCCAUCGAGCGUUUAGUCGUCGAUCAGUCGUAUGGGAAACGUGGCUGGGAUCUCCGGAAUCCGUGACCUCCUAUUCAGACGGCUCGGGUUUGGAAGAUACAUCCGAACCACAUCUUACAAUCCAACAACGACACUCUGCCUUUCGAGUCGAGGAUCAAAUGGAGGAAUCCGAAUGGCGUGUUUUCUUGCACAUGUUGACGGAAGCCAUGUCUCUAAAGGCGUGGGAGGUUCUUUUGACACAGCCCUUCCUUGUUGUAAUGGUGCGACAGGUUGCUUCAUUGAUUGGUGGUGAAACGCAGUACUCGUGGUUUCCUGUAGCAGUCCGGUCAGUUUACCGGGAAACUGGCUUUAGUGGAUUUUUUCAGGGAAUCAUCCCUAGGCUCUUCGGAGAGCUUAUCGGAACUGUAGUCUACUACACUACCUGCCGCCUCAUUCGCCGAUGGAUUUUCGGUAUUCAGCGAAAGCGAUCCACAUCUUUGUGCAUGUCUGAAGUACUUGUAUAUUUGGGUUUACGAGGUUACGUUUAUCCCUUUGAGUUAACUGGUUGUAUUAUGACUCUUCGUGGAGCUAAUCUCAUAGCGGCCAAUGAGGCUAACUUGUUUUCGAGUUGGCGGCCGCUGAGGAGCUAUCUGAUCGCUUCCGGACAAGCCAACCGUGGAUGGUUCCCGAUUUGUCGAAGUCAUGUGCAGUCGAAACACAUGCCUACCUAACACAACCGCACUCAUCUGCAUAGUAUCGAGAAAUUUUUCUGUCGAACCUAUACAUGACAAACUUGUGAUCUUAGUACUCUUUAAAUUUUCAAGUACUCUGUAUUCACCAUGUUGUCCCAUCUGAUUUCCUGCUAUGAUGAGGCGCCCAUUUUUAUUUCAGUUGUUAUUUUGCCAACGAAACUUACCCUUAAUAUGAUGGCAAACCUUGCUAUCAGAUAUGCGUUGAUGUUUCACUCGGCUCAACAUUAACACCGGUUUCUUGGAGUCUCUCCAAUUUAGCUUUUCUGCACGUUUCUAGUCCACCUGUGACUCGUUUCCUCAAAGGCAAAACAUGACUACUUGUUUUGAGGUGUUUUUGAAACAGCAUAAAACUUUGAAAAAAAG